AUGAUCAAGAAACGAAGUCGGCCUCAACAACGGGUACGCGAGCGGUCCAUAUCGCAUGAAGAAGAGGUGCAGAAUGAGGAGGAAGGGGAGACCACUCUACCCGUAUCAGAAAUCCUCGAGUUGCGCAAGCUUCGGAAAGCCAGAGAGGGCAUAGAUGUGGCUAAACUUCACAAAGGGGACGUCAAGAAGAAGAAGAAACGGCUGGUUCCCGAGGAAGAGGUCGGUGGUCUCAGGCAAGGGGCCGCCGUCGAUGCGGAGGAUGAGGACGAGGAAGCCAUCAAGGAGGCACGAACGCGACGAGUUGUUCGAGCAAACAAUUUCACCCAGCAAACCAAUGUACUCGAUGUUGACAAGCACAUGAUGCAGUACAUUGAGCAGAACCUCAAAAUACGCAGCAGGCCUCAGGAGGACGAACCAGGGAAGCCAGUAGAUCCGCAAGACGAGCUCUACGAAAUUGUAGACCGCUGGAAGGUGGAGAAACAAAAGCCGACCACGGACGAAGGCAGCGUUACCAACAGCCUGACAAUGUUAACUGCCAUCCCAGAAGUUGAUCUGGGCAUGGACGCACGCCUCAAGAAUAUUGAAGAGACCGAGAAAGCGAAGCGGGUAGUCGCGGAAGAGCGACAAGAACGAAAGAAACAACCAAAUGGCGAAGAGCACCUGGUGGCUUCUCGAUUCUACCGACCAAAUCUCAAGCAGAAGUCUGACGCAGAUAUCAUGCGCGAUGCUAAACUCGAAGCUAUGGGUCUGCCCACACAGGACGACCAGCCCAGACGACCACAGCACGACCGUCCUCAAAUGGCUACCGACGAGAUGGUUAUGGAACGCUUCAAGAAACGUAUGCGGAAAUAA